CUAUUUCUCCCCCACACCAGCAGAGUCUGGGGGUGUCCGUCACCGGCCGGACUGUUGAGCCGUGCAGCGGUCCAGCCUGGUUCCUGUGUACCCACCACUCUGCAAAGGGACAGAGGCAGGCAGGCUGCCUUGACAAUCCUUAUUUGUCACUGAGCCAGAGAGACAAAAGGGUUUGUUCUCUGAACACUGGGGCACUGUUGUGGUGUGCGCAUCAGGAUCAGGAGUACCGCCUGGCCUUGUUGGCACACCCACACGAUUACGAAAGAGGUGGAGCGGGUUCUUUUCCCUUCCCCAUCAGCUGUCAGUGUGCCAGCCAUGGGGAAAAAAACACGAUCAGGGAAAAGAGGCUGCUAGGAGCAGCUUCAGGAGGGUUUUUGUUGUAAUGGUUGUUGUUGCUUUUUGCUGUCUUAAAGGAAAAAGCCUUUGUGCCAGGAAGGGAUGAGAAGGAGCAAGUCCUGCAUUGUGACACAGGCAGACCUCUGCGGAGAUUUAUCCUCGAACCACGAUCUGCAGCUGAUGCCAACAGGAAAUCUCUUUCCCCAGCAUGAAAGACAGUGCCAAGCUCACCCGUGAGUGACCUCACAUCUUUUUCCUGGGAGUUUGGAUGCAGAGGGCAAGUUGAAGCUGCACGGGCGGACCAUGGGCAAUGGCAUGAACAAGGUUCUUCCUGGACUGUUCCUUGGAAACUUCAUAGAUGCCAAGGACUUUGAUCAGCUGAGCCGCCACAAUAUCACCCACAUCAUUUCCAUUCAUGAAUCCCCACAGCCAUAUAUUCCGGGAAUUACGUACCUCCGCAUUGUGCUCCCGGACACACCAGAGGCAAACAUCAAGAAGCACUUUAAAAAAUGCAUCCAUUUUAUCCACUCCUGUCGCCUGCAUGGAGGAUGCUGCCUCGUCCAUUGCUUGGCAGGGAUCUCCCGCAGCACCACCAUCGUCCUUGCGUACAUCAUGACGGUGACGCAGGCAAGUUGGCGGGAAGCCCUGGAAGCUGUCAAGGUGGUGCGGCCUGUUGCCAAUCCCAACCCAGGUUUCCGUCAGCAGCUGGAAGAGUAUGAGGGAAGUCGCUCUGAACAAAAGAUCCGCCGGCGACUGGAGCGCAAGUAUGGCGUAAAUGUCUUUAAUGACGAGGAGGAGAUCAGAGCCCUGCUCACGACUGGCAAAAGGCGGGACCCCUUCAGGGAGGAUGAGACGCCUCCAACCCUGGUGCCCAAGAGCAGGGGCACAAAGCGUACGGAUCCUUUCCUGUUGCGUGUGAAGGAGACCUUUUCCUGCCUCCCCGGGUGUCUGAAAUGAGACCUCGCAAGGUGCUCUGAGCAAGCGCAGAGGCCAAUUGCAUCGGACUGCCAAGGCAAAGUGAUGUUCCAGCCACCAGCACUAGGAGAGGGAAAAUAUGUGACAGAGGACACAUUGCACAGCUAAGAAAGGGGAGCACUCAUGGGCAGCUUUUCUUCCACCUAGAACUAUAGAGUUGGGAGGAACCUAUCUAUAAGUGCAGAAAUCCACAGCUAAAGCCUUCCUGAAAGCUGGCCAUCUAACUUCUACUUAAAAACAUCCCAUAACAGAGAGUCCACCCGUUUCCCAGGAAGUCCGUUCCACCAACAGACAGCUCUUGUCAUCUGGCAGGUUCUUUGGAAAUAACUGUUGGAAGAUUAGUCCCCUGAAGACAGCCUGAAGGCUCCCAGGACUCAAAAGGACAACGGAGGAGUAUCUCCCCUUUGGGGCCACACCACGAAUGAGAGGACUCAUCUGCUGGUCAGAAAUUUCCCAAAGGCAGACCCUUUGGCAGGAAUUUGUCCAGAGAGGAAGAAUCUUUUAGUUAUUUCUAUUUAGGAUCAAGAUUUUUAAAAAAGAAGGAUGGUGGAGAAAAGCACAAGGGAGACAGUUCUUGCAUGGCCAAGAGAUUCCCUGUCCAGGGAGUAGUUCAGGGGGACCCUGCAUAUCUAUAUAGAUGGGAGACAGAGAGGAGUGAAACUGUCAGAAGCCACCUGCAAAUGGGUCCCCCAGUCUUACCCUGUUGUGGCCGGUGGCUCUCAGGUCAGUGGGAUGUGUAGAUCCAUUCCAGGUUUUAAAGGAGCUCCUAAAAGUACUGAAGCUCUUUGGAAAGAGGGUUCAGCACUUUGUGGGGGGUGCCUUUAAAACCUGGAGUGGAUUCAUCACCGCACCGACAUGGCUGCCACUGGUCUCAAUAUAGACCCACAAGGGAGAAUUUUGGUCAGUUAUUUUCCCCAUUGAGAACCAGCAUGGUGUAGUGGUUUCAGCAAUGGACUACAACUCUGGAGACCAGGGUUCAAAUCCCCACUCAGCCAUGGAACCCACUGUGUGACCUUGAGCAAGUCACACUCUCUCAGCCUCA